AGGUAUACCGCCGUCUUACACAGCGUAACGUCAUUGGGCGUCAAAUCGCAGACACCGCCAAACUUCUCUCGAAGAACGCCAUGACGUCAUAAAAAUAAACAACUUUGAUCUGUAGAACGAAAGCCACGGCAAUUGUCUCUAGACAGAUAAAAAAUGAAAACAAAAUCAAAGAAUUUGUCCAGAAAGAAGUGUUCGCUUUGUAAAGGCGACGUCUGUAUCCACGAGCAUGGAGAGAAAAUGACGGACACACUGCAGGCGAUUCCUGACAUGGCGGAACAAACCAUGGACUUGUUGGAAAAGCUUCUGAAGGAAAGGGAGAACAAUCCAGAGGAAAUUCUCCACUUAGCGUCCAGGAGCGACUUGUUUCAGGUCGGGAUGGACGCCUUUUGUCUCACGGCUGCCGUUGGCCACAUUGAGGGGAUGCGGCGGUUCUUGGAGGCAGGAAAGAGUCCAAACGACGCGUGUGCAGCGGACGGCAGUACCCCACUGAUGCUGGCCACACAGAACCGCCACGUGGAGGCCAUGGAGAUCCUCCUGUCUUACGGCGCCGAUACCACCUACCUCAACACGGAUGGAAACACGGCCCUGAUUCUGGCGAUAAGAACGGGGGAUGCCAAGGUGGUGAACACGCUGUGGUCGUACAGGGAACAAGUGGACAUCAACCACAGGAACAGGGAAGGCCUGACCAUACUUCACUCGGCCGUGGAAAAGCGCUGGGAAACGUGUGUCAAGAUCAUCCUUAGUUGUGGUGCCGACGUCAACAGUAUAACUGACAAUGGCUGCACACCCCUAAUGCUGGCGGCCCAGAAGGGGGACGUCAAAGUGGCGGGCGUUUUGAUUGAUGGAGGAGCAGACAUCUUGAUAGAGGACUAUAGCCACUUCACCGCUAUCUGCCAUGGGUUUGAGAGCGGAGAGACCGGGGAUGAGUUCGCCGACUUCCUUUUCUGUAGAAUGUCUCAAAGACAAAGGGAGGCGUACGCCAAGAACCGCAUCGAACGGAUGAAGACCACGGUAAAUGACAGUAACUUUGACGACUUCUUCACGGACAGUUUAGUUGUCGUGUUCAAAUACCUGUCCUUACUGGAGCCGGGCCGAGACAUCCUGUUCCGCGAGAAGCUCAUCCCAAACAUGCUCUCCACCCUUCAGAAGUUUACACGGCACCAAGAGGUCGUGCAGAGUGCGUGUGCACUUGUCGUUUCAUGUAUGUUUCGAUACAAUGCAACAAUUGACGAAAGAUUUGCCAGACAGUUUGUUCAAGCAAAGGGCCCAGAGUUUUGCUUACGGGCCCUGAAAUAUCACGCAGACUCUGGAAAGCCAGACAACGAUUUCAUGAAAUCUGUUUUCUAUCCCUUUGUUUGCAUUAACGUUUGCAAACUUUGUCAUACUUGGAUAGAGCAGAAUUCUCAGAAGAUUGAACCUUAUGUUUCCCUCCGAGAUCCGAUUGAUCUCCCUAGUUGGCAGGACGAGGCUCAGAAGGAAAAGGGACAACUGCUUUGGGAAAGGUUUUGGAACGAGUUUGAACGUCUUCAAAUAAAUCAGAGAGAUGUAAAGAUGAAAGAAUUAUUAGAUGAAGAAGAGAGAGAGAAAGAAAGAAAAGUAAAGAAGAGUGAACGAAAGAAACAAAAGCGGCUCAGAGAGAAACAGAAAAAGGCAGAAAAAUCGCCAGAUGGCAUAAUUGUGGAAAUGGAAAAUAAGAGUUCAAAGGAUGACAGCAAAUUAAGCACCAAAGGCAAUAGCAUAUCGGAUGUUGUCACAGACAAGGAUUCUGGGGAUUACUAUGGAGUACAUGAAAAGUGCAAGCAAACGGAGAAUCCAGCAAGUGAAAUCACGGGUGUUCAUCGCGUGAUGAUGGCUGAGAAAAGCCAGAAGACACAGGGCAGCAAGUGCAGUGUCCCUAUUGCGGCCAUGAAUAAAUCUGCCAACAGCAAGGAGAGAGACAAAAAUAAAACGAAAACAAAACGAAUAGCCAAAGAAAAGGAUAGCUGGCAACACAAUCAGGAAUUUGGUACAGACAUCGUACUACAUAAAGAUACCAGCAAAAUUUGUAGUAACGAGAAUUACACAGAAGACAAGACAGGGUCUUGGACAAAAGUAACUGGAAAAAAGAACCAACAAAAAGUGGAUCAAGUAAAAUACUCGAAGAAUUCAAUCAAGAAGAAUUUGACCAAAGCCAACACUUGCGCCACUAACGUUCAUAGAUUCAAUAUCUCUGAAUCUCGAAAAUGGUCGGAUGUACUUUGCCAACGUCAACAAGAAACGGCAGUAAAAGAGAACAUUAUAUGGAAUACACAAGUCAAAGAAUCAGCGGUGCCUAUCCAUACCGACGACUUCAAUGAAUUUCCAUUAUUACGGGCCAGUUUAUCAAGAAAAUGGGAAGGUGUUGAUGUUUCUGAAUCGGUGAAAUCUGAGUCAGUAGAGGAGCAUUGGGACAGUGACGAGUAUCUAACAGCAAUGACCAAUGAACACAGCGAAGAACUCCCAGCUUGGUCAGAAAAAAUCCAGAAUCUCUCUGAGGCUAAAAGUGACGUCUUUUGGAUUGAAACAUGCGAGUUCGAAAGAAAUGUCCGCAAACCAAUGUGCGAGAACCGCACUGAAGACAAACAAGCAUGCUUGCACCCCUUAGCCAGUGAUAAUGAUUCUGGUCCGUCAUUUAGAACUAAUGAUAUGUUUUUCACCCAACAAACAUGUUUGGAGAACAAAGUUGUUAACGGUUUGGAAAAGCAAAGCCAGAUGCUUAAAGGCAGUGAAACUCCGGAAAACAAACCAAACGGCACUGGACAAAACAUAUCAUUCAAAAAGAGUAGCAUUGAUAUUGGGAUAUCUGGACUACCCUCAGAAAGCGCCAUUGGGCUUGUAUUUCUGGGAACAUCUGAGACCGAGCCUUUGCAUAAGGAGACCAACAUUUUGCCUCUUAACGAGAAACAAAACUCCUGCCCAUGGUUUAAAGCCAAAGGAUCGGCUCCUACUUUGAAAGAUGUUGCCUUCGAGUUUAUGCAAUAUGAUGCCACAAGAAAAUCGGUCAAAGUAAACUCACCAAAUGAGGAAGAAAACAAUCAAGAUAUUUUGAAGUCACAGUUAAAAACUCCUGUGAUUUGCCAUACAAAUCAAAACAAUGUCUCAUUUCAAACACUGGAAAGUAUAAAUCCUACUUCUGAAACGGAACAAAAUAUCGACUACCAGUUCUUGCAAAGAUCUGGGUUCAAUGAAAAUAAAGACCAAAAAUGCCAUGGUUUUGGUAGUGUUCAAGAAUUUUCUCCAUUUCAUUUAAAUGAAAACCAAUCUUUAAAUGUUGGAAACGUCGCAAAUUUCCCAGGCAAAAAUGUUGACACAACAAGGUUUAACUUUCCGCCGCUGCAAGAAAUUCUGCAGGGACCAUCGAAAAAAGCAAAACAAGCUGAUGGAGCUGAUGUCCCAGUAGGGCAAGUUUCGUUUGGUGUAGCAAACAACUGUGUCAUUGACGACAACUGUCGUAAAAUUACUCUGAAGGAGCUGGAAGCAGAGUUGAUGAAAAAUCCAACUCAAGAUUUGGAGUUACCAACUGGCCAAUCGAACUACUCUUCUGAAACACAUAUAGAUACAGAUGAACCUUAUAAAACAAAGGUAGCAGUUAUUCAACCAAUUGGUCAUGAACGUAAAAGUCGACCAAAAGAAACAACAAAAACAGAACCAAUCGCCACAAGAUAUCCACCUUCACACUCGUUCGCAGGAAAUCCGAUGAGGAGUUUCGUUGAAGGCUUGGAAUCGACUGGACUAACAAUGAUUUUGGACCAAUACAUUGAAUCCAAAAAACCAUUUAUUCCUAGCCCGUUAACAAAGGAUAAAUGUGACGAAAAUACUGUUUCAGGAAACUGCCGUUUAGGAGACAGUAUCUUGAGAAAUGCCCUGAACAUCAAUCAUGAACAGGAGGAGUUCGGAUUUCCCGAGGAGUUGCGUGAUGGAAAGGAUGAGGACAUGUGUUUGUUUCCGGGAUUCCACGAUUCUGAGGAACGGCAGCCCGAUGAACCUCGUCUAACGCUCAACCGUCACAAAAUGGAACUGAUACAGUUCAUGCAACUUCAUAAUUACUAUCGCCAGUACAGCAAUUACCCCGCUGCGUCACACACGAAUUACGUCCACGAUUUCCAAUACUAUGCCUCUGCGAUGGGACUAUCCAAGCAGGAUAUCCAAAACAUAAUUCGGGAUGAAGUACCUAAAAUGGAAGUACCUCAAAUGGUUACAGAGAAUUUUCAAAAUGAAGACGAAAAUCAAGUUACCAAUCAAGCUGUGCAUGGUAAUCUUGAACAACCAAAAUCUACCUUCGAUGAUUCUGAAAGGCUGUGUGUAUCCAAACCCCCGCUUAUUGAAUCUCCCCAGAAGGAAUUGCAUGAAGAAAAAAAGGUCAAAGCAAAGAGCGAGACAAUGGUUUGUGCCGAAAUAUCGUCGAAGCAUAAACUGACCGAGACCCAGCUGUCAACGACGGUUACUAAUUGGACGAAAAAAAGUUCUAGAUGGAGGUCAAAGUUGGAGGAGAUAUGCAAGCUACCAGACCGCUUACGAAGGCGUGUUGGUGACAUCGUUCUUCCCACACAGACUGAAAAGUACAAGAUCUCCUACUCGGACGAGGGUGCCGUUCUUGGGUUUCUGAACGACGGAUCCGAGGUAGCCGUCCACAUUGUAGACAUGAGAAGUCGUCAACUAGAAAAAAGCUUCCUUCAAACGCUAGUAUCAGAUCAUUUUGUUCAUUUUUUUCUGGUCAGAUAUAAGUCGUUUGUGAUAGAGAAUGGAGUAUGUUACCUGGCAAUGGAACUCCACGAGUACACACUAGCGGAGUACAUCCACAUGCUUCGGUUGAAUCAGGGAGUGGACCCUCUUACUGUCAACAGACUAACCUGGCAGCUUCUUAAAGGCCUGACCUCUCUGCACGAGAACUGUGGAAUCCCUCAUGGAAAUAUCAUGCCGUCCAAUAUCUUAGUGGACACAGAAGGCCGAGUCAGGCUGAGCGAGUACGGAUUUACAAGAGACACGUCUAGGCAACAUCAGCUGAUGAAUAACAAGCCCAUAUCAGAGGAUCGCAGUUGUUGGACGCCUACAGAGGUCGUUACAGAGACUGAAGCUUAUUCCCUGAAGUCUGACAUUCAGGUUGCAGGUAUGUUGAUAUGCUACAUCAUGUCUGGUGGGCAUCAUGCAUACGGAGAAAACGGCUUGGAAAUAACAGUUAGUAUCCAAGCGAACUGGCCCAAAAUUACACAUCACCAAAACAAAGAAAUUGUCUGUCUCGUGUCGGAUAUGUUGACCAUGCCGCCCAAAGACAGACCGGAGUUUCCCGCAAUUUUAAAGCACCCUUACUUUUGGGCCGAUGAGAAGAAACUUCGAUUCGUGUUGAUUGCUGGAUCAGACGUUCUCAGAGACAUGAAACAUGGAGUACCAACUUCUGGGGCUGUCAGUGGAAGAGUAACCAUGAUAGACAUUCUGAACACUGCCGAGCACGACAACAUCCUUAGUGACUGGACUAGUCACGUGGAACACGCCAUCAUGAAAGAGAUGCGGUCAUUUAGACAGUACAAAAACCAGCUAGUGGAGCUAGUUCUGUUCGUUUACAACUGUUGUCUCCAUUUCGAUAAGCUCCCAGCUAUAGCGCGAGAGAUUAUGGAGGAGCCCACCAAGUAUUUUCUGUCCAAGUUCCCGACCCUCUUCAUGUCCGUUUAUAAGGCGAUCAAAGCGAGCGAGCGUAGGGAAAAGGUCUGCUACAAACCCUUCUUCUAAGCACCCCACCACAAGGCAAAACUUGGUCACAGCAACCAGAGAAACCAUCGAUUCUGCUAUUUAAAUGGAAAAUAAAAGAGAAUUGUUAUUUUAUGAAA